CUAAUUUUGGUAAAGUCUUUUUUGCUGCAUUGUUUUUAAGCAGCCAGAUAGGAGGACUACCAUGAAGAGCCUGUUUAAGAAGUUGCCAAAUAUGUUGUUAUAGGUGGGCUUCAUUUUAUCAUCUUCUGUGUCACCCAGGUUUGCUUGAUUAAGUCUUGAUCUAACAUUCGCCUUCAAGGUUGUUGGGUUGAGAGCAGAAUCAACGGCUGCAUUAAAUAACAGAGAUUAUCCCAGUCUUCAGAAGAAAUUAUUUUUCUAAAGGGCUGUAUUAGUUUUUGUCUAAUGUUGGCAUGAUGGAAAUGUGAGACCAGGUUUGGAUCCUGUUAAAUUAGCAGAGCAUUUUAACUUAUUUAUAAGUCUGUCUCAGAUUGAUUAAUUUCUGUUUCAAUCAACAAAUUCAAUUGUUUUAGAUUUAAUUUUCACUUUGACUAUCCUUGAUUUUACAAAUAAAAAUAAUUAUUUUGGUUUAAAGGUGUAUGCAGGCUUAUAGUAGGAUGGACAUUUUUUUUUUACAGCAUAGAAAUUGUUUAAAAGCUAGGCUAAAAAAAGAAAAGAAAAAAAAAGGUUCUUGCUGCUUGCAUGGUUGAAACCUGACACAUUCUGGGGCUGUGGUUUUGGCAAGCAGAUCGGAUGAGAAGAUAGAAAUCAGUGCAUCUGUCCAUUUUUUCAUCUUGUAGAUCCACGUUCUCCUGCAGAACUGAUCUACCAGCCGGAGAGCCCCUUAAAAAAGCUACUUUUAUUAGUAGAUUAGGUAAGGUGUCUGUUGACAUGAAAAUCCUGCAAAUCCUUGGUCUCCUGCAGCUGCUUGCUUCUGCUCUUACACUGACACAGCCAGUAAAUGACUACUGGGGAGAAUUUGGGGCAUAUGGCCCCUGCAGCCGUACCUGCGGCACCGGAGUGGCAAUGAGAAUCAGGAGAUGUAUUACUUCAAGGACAGAUGGAGGUCACAACUGUAUGGGAUCCUCCAAAUCGUUCCUCACCUGCAAUACACAAGCUUGCCCUGUUGGAUCAAGAGAUUUCCGGGAGGAGCAGUGUUCUGAAUUUGACAGGAUGGACUUUCAAGGAAAACGUCACUCAUGGGUGCCUUAUUAUGGAGCUUCCAACCUAUGUGAACUAAAUUGUGUGCCAGUGGGACAGAACUUCUUCUACCGCCACCGGCCCAAAGUGGUAGACGGGACUCCCUGCUAUGUGGGGCGCACUGACAUCUGUGUGGAUGGAGUCUGUCGAUUAUUGGUCCAUGGAGAGUUCAUGGGUUUGGAUAACGACACAGUUAUAGUUGAAUCAUCUGCUCCUGUUGCUGUUUCCCCCCAUCCAAGAGAAACACACAUGUACAUGUACAGGGCCGGUGUUUACGGAGAGUGCUCUGCCUCCUGUGAUAGAGGCAUGCAGUACCGCUCUGUGGAGUGUUUGGUUCAGGAUCCAUCGAACCCCCGUGUGGUGGAUGAGUCUUACUGCAUUGCUCAACGCCUUCAGAGGCCUCAGAGUCAGCAGGCUUGCAACAUGCAUCCUUGUGCUGCAGCAGAAUACAGCGUCUCCAGCUUUAGUGUGUGUUCGGUGACCUGUGGGGAGGGGCAGCAGACGAGGGAGGUGGUCUGUGUUGGAUCCAGAGGGGAACACCUCCCUGACAACGCUUGCAGAGGACUGGUCCGCCCCGCUUCUGUUCAGACCUGCCGUCGUCCUGCCUGUCACAGGCACAUUUCCUGGCAUGUGACUGAGUUUGGACUUUGUUCUAGAAGCUGUGGUGGUGGUGUUAGAGAGAGGAAGAUUGGUUGUUUUGAUACGGAUCUGAAUGUCUUCCCUGAGGAUCAAUGUGGAUUGGGUAGAAAACCCAUUUCUGUCGAAACAUGCAAUUCACAGCCCUGUGAUAGAGCACAAUUGGUUCCAAGCAUUCAGAACUCAUCAGAAGGUAGAAGCACCAUCAGGUUUGUUCCCCAUGUUCCAGGGGAACAGUCAGGUCCUCCUUGUAUGCAGUCAUCAUAUGGAUGCUGUCCUGACGGACAUACACCAGCGACUGGACCCAGGAACCAUGUCUGCAUACUGGACGACUGUGUUAAUAGCAGGCAACAUGGAGUGACACCAGCUCGAGGAUUCGGAAUGGCUGGGUGUCCUGAAUACCAAACUCCUGGGGUUUAUGAGAGCAACUCCGUUCAUUCCUCUUCUCCCAUUGCUGGCGUUCCACGGCCAAGAGAAACCCUGACGUAUGUCUACAUCGCCGGAGCCUACGGGGAGUGCUCUGCCACCUGCAAUGGGGGUGUGCAAUACCGCAGUGUAGAUUGUAUGGUUCAGGACGCAUCCAAUCCAAGAUUGGUGGACGAGUCUAACUGCAUUUCCCUGCAUCUCCAGAGGCCCGAGAGUCAGCAGCCUUGCAACAUGCAUCCUUGUGCUGCUGCAGAGUACAGUGUAUCCAGCUUCAGUGUGUGCUCAGUGACCUGUGGAGAAGGCCUGCAGACAAGGGAGGUGGUCUGCGUUGGACCGAGAGGUGAACACCUCCCUGACCAUGCAUGCAGAGGACUGGCUCGACCCGCUUCAGUUCAGACCUGCCGCCGACCUGCCUGUUAUAGGCAUAUUUCCUGGCAUGUCACCGAGUUUGGGCUUUGCACAAGAAGUUGUGGAGGUGGCGUGAGAGAGAGGAAGGUGGGUUGCUUUGAUACAGAUCUCAACCCCUACCCAGAGGACCAAUGCGAAGCAGUUGGUAGACCUCUUUCUGUGGAGUCAUGCAACGUGCAACCCUGUCCAGGAGUGCAAAUGGUUCCAAGUGUUCAAAAUCCAGGGGCUGGAGGAAGCCCAAGAAGAUUUGUGCCACAUGUUCCAGAUCCUUUGGUUUUGAGGCCAGAGACACACAGAGAGCUGCCUCCUUACCCUCCUGUGUAUGGACCUCAUUGUGCACAAUCUUUUUAUGGCUGCUGUCCUGAUGGCCAUACCUCUGCGACUGGACCCAGGUAUCAGGGCUGCCAACAAAAUGACUGUAAUCAGAGCAGGUAUGGCUGCUGUUUGGAUGGAGUGACUCCAGCUCAGGGUGUUGGAAGGGCUGGAUGUCCUGACAUUCAGACAAUUGAGGUAGGAAGCAAAGUGAUUUCUUACAGUAAAGCUGGGGGAAAUCACAUAAACCCGCCUAUUUCCUACAUUUACUCAGCUCUUUCUCUUCUGCAUCCUGGCCCUACUGAUCCACCCACUCGAAACGUGUGCUUCUUGCCCCGUGAUGAGGGUCCUUGUGAUACUUGGAUGGUUCGAUUCACCUAUGACAAUAGCACUGGAAAAUGCAAGGAGUUCUGGUAUGGAGGCUGCCAAGGCAAUGCCAAUAACUUCAUAUCAAUGGAAGCUUGCAAGAAAGUGUGUGACGUUGUUGUAAGGGAGCCUGCACCUGCAAGAGAGGCGUCAAGAAGAGGGUCUCUUGGUAGCAUUGCAAGGGCAAGGGCUCAGCACUCACGUCUUGAGCGUAGAGCAUGA